ACGAGAAGCAACUGGUGCCCGAGGCUGUCUGUGACGUCACUAGCCAGAACACUAAUCUGUAGGUGAAGUGCUGUGCCAGGGGCGCCUGCUCUCUCUCUCACUCUCUCUACCUGCCCGACAAGCAACAGGUAAGGUGUGACGGGACUUGGGAGUACAUCAUGAUGUAGGGUCGCCCUCGCACCCCCGAAAUGGCGGAUACAGGUCACAGUGCACCAUCUGAGGGUGGUGGCCAACCCUCACCCCAACAUGUAAACGAUGGGAAUAUAUUCAUUGGCAUUGACACUACAAGUCUGGCCAUUAUUUUGGGUUGUUCCGCUGGUGCCUUCCUUCUCAUCGUCUUUGCCGUCAUCCUGUUCCGGUUGCGCAGGCGCAGAAGAAAAUUAUACGAAACGUCAUUUGAUGAUGGAGAUGACCCAUUUUCAUCACAGUCUGCACCAACAUCAAGGAGCUCUUCGCCCAACUUCAACAAGCGUCUGUCAUGUCCGGAGGUAGGGUCAUCAGGGAAGCCUGUCAUCCCUAUGAUCCGCUCCGUCACCAUCGACGGUAUCCCCUUUCAGCUGCCCGCAGAGAGGGUUCAGCCUGGGGGUAACGGACGCCGAGAAAGAGGGGGUAGCCUGGCCAGUCUCCCCCGCCAACACAGCAUCCUUGGGGCAGUACAGCCCGAACUGUACAGACCCCAGAGCGGUUCCGAAGAUGACGAGGCCUACCUUCCCGCCACCCCCCACGGACGUCUCUGGUUCUCAGCCGUCUAUGACGCCGCCGUUGAACAACUUCAAGUCACCCUCAUCAAGGUCAAGAACUUGCCAGGACGAAUAAAGCACGAGGCACCACGUGACCCCUUCGUCAAAGUGUUCCUCUUGCCAGAUGAGAAGACAUGCAAGGUGUCAAAGGUCAGGAAGAAGACUCUGUGUCCUAUCUUCAACGAAACAUUCCAAUUCCAGGCUUCACCUGGUGACGUAUACAGAAGGACAUUACGCUUCUCUGUGUAUGACGUAGACAAAAGACGUGUACGUCACUCACUCGGUCACGUAAUGGUUCCACUGAAAGACAUUGACCUGACGAAGAGCGAACCACUUUGGAGCGACCUCGAACCUAUGGCACACGCAACGUCAUGUCUUGGUGAGCUGUACUUCAGUCUUACGUAUCAGCCUCAGACAGAGCGGAUUAAGCUGGUCAUCAUCAGAGUCAGACAACUCAGACAUCUGGACUACGGUGGCGAGACAGGUAUGUACGUACGCAUCCAGUUCUGUCACGGACGGAAAACGCACAAGACUAAACGCACAGUGUUGCUGACGGGGGCUUCGGAGGCUGAAAUCAACGAGUCCUUCUCGUUUUCAAUCUCUGGACGACAGCUGGACUCUUGCAACUUCAUCCUGACCUUGAUGACGUCACCAGUCGGUGCCCGCUCCAGCCGCCACGACGAGUAUGGCCGUGUGACUGUGGGGCCGUUCCUCUUUUCCCGGGGACAGGAGUUGCUUCACUGGCAGGAAAUGCUAGCCCAGCCCCGCUCCCCUAUAGCGAGGUGGCACACCCUCACACCAACGUCCACAAUGGAGCCAGAUCGAUAAUCACCCAGCGCGUGAAUGUUGUUCUGUAAAAUCACACUUAAUACAAAGUCGAUUGUUAAGAUCAAACGUAGGAACCUCUCGAAGUUGAUGCAGUGAUUACACAUGUGUGUUUCGGCAGAGUAAAAUGAGACAACAUACUCAAAAUAUCUCGUCAGCCAUAAAGAAAUAAUAUAGAAGUUUCUCAUUAUUAUUUGGGUCAUU